AUGUCUGAUGGGGACCCUAAUCUAGAAAAUAUCCCAUCAGAUCCAUAUCAAUUGUACCUUCUAGCUCGAAAAUAUGAGGAAGGUGACGAAAAUACCGAAAAAGAUUUGGAUAAAUCUGUAAAAUAUUAUAAGAUUUGUGUAAAAGCAAAUGAAGCACACGCCAAACAUCGUCUUGGAUUAUUAUAUAUGAAAGGAAUUGGUGUUAAAAAGAAAACACAAAAAGGCUGCGAAUUAAUAAAACAAUCAGCAGAACAAAACAACGAAGAUGCCUACCCAGAUUACGCAGAUUUACUUCUACAUGGAAUUCACUUCAAAGAAAACAAACAACUCGCGUUAAAUUAUUACAGAUUAUCAGCUGAAAACGGAAAUGUAGAAGCUAUGUUUCAAAUUGGUAUGAUGCUGAAAAAUGGUAUCGGUGUAGAACAAAAUUAUCCCGAAGCUUUGAAAUACUAUAAGAUGGGCGCUGAAAAAGGUGAUCCAUUGAGUCAAAACAACUAUGCUUUGAUGUUAAAGCAAGGUUUAGGCACGAAAAAGAACAAAGCAGAAGCAAUCAAAUACUUUUUACUUGCAGCAAAUCAAAACGAACCUAAUGCGCAAAAUUCUUACGGUAUUUGCCUCAAAAAUGGCUAUGGAGUUCCAAAAAACGCUCGUUUAGCUGCCAAAUACUUCCAAAUGGCCGCUGAGCAAGGAAAUCCUGAAGGACAAAACAACUACGCGUGGAUGUUAAAAAAUGGUUGCGGAAUUGAAAAGGAUUCAAAGAAAGCUGUCGAAUACUACAAACUCUCUGCCGAACAGAUGAACACAAACGGCAUGAACAACCUCGCUACAAUGCUUUGCGCAGGAAUUGGUGUCGAACAAAAUAUUGAAGAAGCGGCACAACUGUUCAAGCAAUCAGCGGAUCAAGGUAAUCAAUAUGCACAAAACAACUACGGAUAUAUGCUUGAUAAUGGUAUAGGAGUUGAGCGCGAUAUAGUUUUGGCAUCAAAAUAUUAUAAAUUAUCUGCAUCGGCAGGGAAUAAUGACGCUGAAUUUAAUCUCGCCUUACUAUUUAAGAAUGGUUCUGGUAUUCCUAUGAAUAAAUACGAGGCUGCAAGAUACAUGAAAUUAUCAGCUGAUUCAGGAAACGCAGAUGCAAGGUUUACGUAUGGUAAUAUGCUUCAGUCCGGUGAAGGAUGCACGAAGGAUGAAAGGAUAGCCGAAGAAUACAUUCAGUUAGCUGUAAAUGAAUCUGCUGAUUCAAGAUUCAUCUCACAUGGUGUAUUUGCGUCUGGUCCUGGGUUGUCACAACAGAAAGAAGCCAUAAGAGGUGUCAAAUGGUCACACGAUACUGGUAAUACUGAAAGAAAAAUUAGAUUUGAAGAAAUUCCUCUUAAAGAAGGCGAAAUACAUCAAGAUCUUCCACAAGCAGCAUCAUAUAUGAAGAAUGCUGCUGAUAAUGGUCAUAUAGAGGCUUCCAGAGAAUAUGCCAAUAUGAUAAUGAAAGGAGAAGGCGUAGAACAAGACUUAAGUGAAGCAGAAAAAUAUUUCAGAACAGCUGCUGACCAAGACGAUACAGAAAGCCAAGUUUCUCUCGGUAAAUUAUUAUUAACAGAUGACGAACCAAGCAGACAAGAAGAAGGUAAGCAAUAUCUUCUCAAAGCCAGCUCAAGAAACAAUUCAGAAGCUUACUUCGAGCUUUCCAAGACGAGAGAUAUUAAAUCUCAAGAAUAUCUUCUCAAAGCAGUCGAACUUGGUAAUCAAUAUGCUAUUGUUGAGUACGCCAAGCAAUGCCAAGCAGGAGAAAUCCAAGGAAAGACACCAGAAGAAGCAAUCAAAUUAUUCAAAGAAGCAGCAGACCAAGGAAAUGCAGAAGGAGCAUACAAAUAUGGUAUGUAUCUUAAAGAGAAAGGCGAAUAUCCAGAAGCAGCCAAAUAUUUCGGAAUUGCAGCAAAUUUGAAUCAUAUCGAAGGCCAAUACGAACUUGCAUCAGCAUUAAAUGCAGGAAGAGGUGUUGACUUCGAUGGCGAAGAAGCCCAGUACUAUUUCAAAGAAGCUGCUGAUCAAGAACACAAUAUUUCCCAAUUUUUGUAUGGUUUGUUGAUGGAUACAGGAUGUGGUGGCGAAGUUGACCAGGAUGAGUCAACAAAAUACGUGUUGAUGGCUGCAGGUAAUGGAAAUGAAGAAGCAAGAGACCAUUUGCACGUAAUAAGAGAAUGCCACAAAGAAAACAAAGUCAACGAAAUCGCUUUACAAAAAUUAAGUGACCUUGGAAAUGUAUUGGCGAAAUUAAUGCUCGGAAAACUUUAUGCAAGCCAAAUAAGAGAAAAACCUGAACUAAAAGAUGAAGCCAUUAAAUUACUCAAAGAAGCUUGCGAUCACAAUAUUCCUGAAGCUUUUUACGAAUUGGGAAAGUUACUUUACAAUUUAGCAAAAAGUGACAAAGAAAAAGAAGAAGCCAAAGAACUUUUACAAAAAGCAGCUGAUAUGGGUGAUGAAAAUGCCAUUGCCUUGUUGAAGCAGAUACGCCAGGACGAGGAGAAGAAGAGAAAACAAGCAGAAGCAUUAGAAAAAAAGAAAUUCAUGGAAGAACAAAGAAAAGCAGAAGCAGCAAGAAGAGCAGAAGCAAAGAAACUCGCGGAUCAAAAGAAAAAGGAAGAAAUGGAAAAGAAGAAAGAACAGGAGAAACAAGCUGCUCAACAACUCGAUGAAUUAAGAAAGAAAAUGGCUGAAGAACAAAAACAAAAAGAGGAAGAAGAAAAAAUUAAAGCUGAACAAGAAAAACUAAAGAAAUUACAACAAAAGGAAAAAGAAAAUGAAGAAGAAGACGAAGAAGAAGAGGAAGAAGAUGAAAAUGAUGUUCGUGUUGUUAAAAUAGAACAAAAUAACAAGAAAUCAAAUGAAAGCCAAUACGAUGAAGAAGAAGAAUAUGAUGAUAAUGAUGUAAAAAGACUUUCUGAAAUUGAUAGUGAGAAAACUACUUCGAAAUCAAUGGAUUUGUUGAAUACUGAUGUAGAAUAUGGUGAUGAAAGUUACGAAAUACAAGUAACUGAAUACGAAGAAGAAGACGAAAUCGAAAAACAACAAAAUAAGAAGAAAGAAAAUACUAAAAAUAAUGAUUCUGAAGAAGAAGAUGAAGAAGAUAACAACGAAAUUAAAGUCAUAAAUCAAAAUAAAGAAGAAAAACAAAAGAAGGAUAAAAGUGAUGAAGAAGAAGACGAAGAAGAUAAUGAAGAAAUCAAAGUCAUCACUGAAAAACAAGAAGAACAACUACAUAAAGAUAAAGAUUCUGAAGAAGAAGAUGAAGAAGAUAAUGAUGAAAUCAAAGUUGUUGAAAAAAAAUCAUCAAGUAAGAAAGAAAGUGAUGAAUCAGAAGAAGAAGAUAAUGAUGAAAUUAAAGUUAUCAAUGAAAAUGAUGUAGAAAAACAACAAAAUAAUAAAGAAAGCGAUGAAUCAGAAGAAGAAGAUAAUAAUGAUAUUAAGGUUAUAAAUCAAAAGGAAAAGAAAGAAGAGAAUAAAGAAAGUGAUAAUGAAGAAGAAGAACAAAGUCAAAGUGUAAUAAUUGAAGAACAAAACAAACAAGAAGAUUCAAAGAAAGAAAUGAAUGAAAAUGAUUCUGAUUAUGAUGAUUAUUCUGAUAAUGACGAAUCAAAGUUGAAAGAAAAUGAAGAGGCUAAAAAGAAAGCCGAAGAAGAAGCUCGUUUAAAGGCCGAAGAAGAAGCAAGAAAGAAAGCUGAAGAAGAAGCCAGAUUAAAAGCUGAAGAAGAAGCCAGAUUAAAAGCUGAAGAAGAAGCCAGAUUAAAAGCUGAGGAAGAAGCCAGAUUAAAGGCUGAGGAAGAAGCAAGACUUAAGGCUGAAGAAGAAGCUCGUUUGAAAGCCGAAGAAGAAGCAAGGCUCAAAGCUGAAGAAGAAGCAAGACUUAAGGCUGAAGAAGAAGCCAGAUUAAAAGCCGAAGAAGAAGCAAGAAAGAAAGCUGAAGAAGAAGCUCGUAUCAAAGCUGAAGAAGAAGCAAGGCUCAAAGCUGAAGAAGAGGCCAGAAAGAAAGCUGAGGAAGAAGCAAGACUCAAAGCCGAAGAAGAAGCAAGACUUAAGGCUGAAGAAGAAGCUCGGUUAAAGGCCGAAGAAGAAGCUCGGUUAAAGGCCGAAGAAGAAGCUCGUUUGAAAGCUGAAGAAGAAGCCAGAUUAAAAGCUGAGGAAGAAGCAAGAAAGAAAGCCGAAGAAGAAGCUCGUAUCAAAGCUGAGGAAGAAGCAAGAAAGAAAGCCGAAGAAGAAGCUCGUAUCAAAGCUGAGGAAGAAGCAAGAAAGAAAGCUGAGGAAGAAGCUCGUUUGAAAGCUGAAGAAGAAGCCAGACUCAAAGCCGAAGAAGAAGCAAGACUUAAGGCUGAAGAAGAAGCUCGGUUAAAGGCCGAAGAAGAAGCUCGUUUGAAAGCUGAAGAAGAAGCCAGACUCAAGGCUGAAGAAGAAGCCAGAUUAAAAGCUGAAGAAGAAGCUCGUAUCAAAGCUGAAGAAGAAGCUCGUAUCAAAGCUGAAGAAGAGGCCAGAAAGAAGGCUGAAGAAGAAGCUCGUUUAAAGGCCGAAGAAGAAGCAAGAAAGAAAGCCGAAGAAGAAGCAAGGCUCAAAGCUGAAGAAGAAGCAAGAAAGAAAGCUGAAGAAGAAGCCAGAAAGAAGGCUGAAGAAGAAGCCAGAUUAAAAGCUGAAAAAGAAGCUCGUAUCAAAGCCGAAGAAGAAGCCAGACUCAAAGCUGAGGAAGAAGCAAGAAAGAAAGCCGAAGAAGAAGCUCGUAUCAAAGCUGAGGAAGAAGCAAGAAAGAAAGCCGAAGAAGAAGCUCGUAUCAAAGCUGAGGAAGAAGCAAGAAAGAAAGCCGAAGAAGAAGCUCGUAUCAAAGCUGAGGAAGAAGCUCGUAUCAAAGCUGAGGAAGAAGCCAGAAAGAAAGCCGAAGAAGAAGCUCGUUUAAAGGCCGAAGAAGAAGCUCGUUUGAAAGCUGAGGAAGAAGCCAGACUCAAAGCUGAGGAAGAAGCAAGAAAGAAAGCUGAGGAAGAAGCAAGAAAGAAAGCUGAAGAAGAAGCUCGUUUGAAAGCUGAAGAAACCAAUUCUCAAAAAGGUUCUGAUGGAAAUCAAGGCCAAGAAAGUGAAACAGUUAAGUCAAGAGAUGUUGAUUUCGAUUUCCAACCAGAACAAGAAGAAAAGACAUCUCCAGAGAAAUCGAAGAAGCCUAAAAAGAUGUCACACAAAUCGGCGAAAGCAUUCAAAGACGAAGAAGAGAAAAAGAACUAUGAGCGAGAUUUAAGAAGACAACGCAGAGAACAGGCUCGUCUUGAGAAAGAACGAGAACAAGAACUUCUUAAAGAGCAAGAAAGGCGUAUGAAAGAAGAAGAGGAAGAACUCGAAAAACUCAGGCAACAACAAGAAGAACAAGCCAAAUUAGAGAAAAAACGUCUUGAAAAGCAGAAAGAACUUGAUGAAAUUGAGCGACAAAAGAAGAAAGAAGAAGAACGACUUCGAAAGGAAGAAGAAGAGAAAAAGAAAGAAGAAGAGCGAAUUGCAAAUCUUAAGAAACGUGAAGAAGAGCAGAAACUUGAAGAUGAAGAACGAUUGAAACAAAUGCAAUCUCUUUCACGUGAAGAACGAAGAAGACUGCGUGAAGAACAACGACUUGCUAAGAAACAUGCGGAUGAAGAAGCAGCAAAGAAAGCAGAAGAAGAACGAAUCAAACGAGAACAAGAAGAAAAACUUGAAUCAGAACGACACCAAAAAGAAGAAGAAACUAAAAAGAAACAAAAACAAAAAGAAGAAGAAGAUAAAAAGAAGAAAGAAGAGGAAGAUAAAUCGAACAACUCCGAUGAUGCAGAAGAAGAAAUUGAUCCAAAUGGAUCUCCAUUCGAAAACAUUUCUUUCGAUGCAUCAAACUUAUCAAUCACACAAGACAUCAACAUGCAACCAGAAAUCACCGCAGAAACACGCUCCAUGGAAAUCGAAAAAGUCCACCGACGAGCAGCUAAUAGUGGUGAUUCUGGUGCACAAGUCAAACUUGCAAUUAUCAAAUUGAACAGUGGUGAACGGCAAGAAGCAUUAGAUUUGUUGCGAAUUGCAGCAGAAAACGACAACGAAGCUGCAGAAUUCAUGCUUAAAAAGUUCUCACAAGAAGAUUGUGAUGACGAACAAGCGAUGCGAGAAACAGCAGAAUAUUUCAGGAAACUGGCCGAUGAUGACAACGACAUCGAUGCACAAUAUAUCUUUGGUUUCAUGGCACAACACGGUUAUGGUAUGGAACAAGACAACGAGAUGGCCGAACGAUAUUUGCGUAUGUCCGCCGAUAACGGCAACAGCGAAGCACAAUAUAACAUUGCAGUUAUGUUAGAAGAAGGUGAUGGUGUUAACAAAGACAUCAGUGAAGCUGCCAAAUACUAUAAAAUGGCCGCCGACAAUGGUAACUUUUUAGCACAGUUCAACUAUGGUUUGUUACUUCAGAAAGGUCAAGGUGUUGCUAAAGAUUUAGAACGUGCGGCAUAUUACACUAAACUCUGUGCCGACAUUGGUGAUGCAGAAGGUCAAAACAACUACGGCAUCAUUCUGAAAAACGGCUUAGGUGUUAAAAAAGACGUUAUUUUAGCCGCAAAAUAUUUCAAGAUGUCAGCAGAUCAAGGUAAUGCCUUAGGCAUGAACAACUACGCAUUGAUGUGUUGUUCAGGAAUUGGUGUUCGAAGGAACUACGACACCGCCGCUAAAUAUUUCAAGAUGGCUGCCGAGAAAGGCAACAUUUACUCAUUGAACAACAUCGGUUUGAUGCUUCGAAAAGGCACAGGAAUGGAUAAAGAUCCAGUUGCCGCCGCGCAAUACUUCGAGAAAGCAGCCAUUUCAGGAGAAGUUGAUGCUAUGUACAACCUUGCAACCAUGUACUACAACGGCGAAGGAAUCAAACGUGACCGAAGGAAAGCAGUCCAACUUAUCAAGAUGGCGGCCGACCGAGGAAAUGUUAAAGCGAUUGUUCAAUUCGCAAGUUUCUGCAAACACGGAAAACUUGUUAAACAGAAUCUUGAAGAAGCAGCUAAAUACUACCGAAUGGCUACACAAAAAGACUCUGCGAAAGGAGAGUUGAUGUACGGGCUUAUGCUUAAGAAUGGUACAGGUGUUGACCAGAAUCUUGAUAAAGCAGCAAAGCAUCUUAAACAUUCAGCCGAUAAAGGAAAUGCAGACGCGAUGAUGUAUUACGCCCAAAUGGCACAGAAAGGUCAAGGUACUAAGAAGGAUCUUGUCCAAGCAGCAUUUUACUACAAGAUGGCCGCCGAUAAAGGAAACACGCGAGCAUUGUCAGCAUAUGAGAAACUUUAUGCAGUUCUCGUCGAAAACAAGAUGAUUUAA